ACUGUCACUGCUUCCAAUGCGCGUGUCCGCUUAAGGGCGUGCGCACUCCCGUCCCAGCAGGAAAUAUGGCGGCGCUCAUGACUUUAAGUCAGUUAUCGAGCGGAAACCCGGUAUAUGACAACUAUUUCCGACAGGUUGACCGUGGAAACACAGGACAAAUAUCAGCUGGGGAUGCAGCUCAAUUCCUUAAGAAGUCGGGGCUGUCGGACAGUACACUUGGAAAGAUUUGGGAUUUGGCUGAUUCGGAACGAAAAGGCUAUUUGGACAAGAGGGGUUUCUUCAUAGCUCUCAGGCUUGUGGCUUCGGCACAGGGCGGCAACGACAUUAGCCUCAACAACCUCAACCAAACGCUAGCUCCUCCCAAGUUUAAGGACACUGGUAGUCCAUUAGCGAGCCUAUCCCCAGUACCAUCAACACAAACAGACUCGCAGUGGGCAAUACGGCCUGACGAAAAAGGGAAAUUUGAUGGUAUCUUUGAAAGUCUGUUGCCAGUCAACGGCCUCCUACCAGGGGAUAAGGUCAAACCCGUGCUCAUAAACUCCAAGCUACCUCUGGAAGUAUUGGGAAAGAUUUGGGAAAUUAGUGAUGUCGACCAGGAUGGGCAGCUGGACAAAGAGGAGUUUUCUGUGGCCAUGCAUCUGGUCUACCGAGCCAUGGAGCAGGAGCCCGUCCCGGCCACCUUGCCCUCCAACCUCAUCCCGCCGUCCAAGAGGAGGAAGUCUGGCGUGAAGUUGGCGGGCGCCGUGGCCGUGCUGCCCGGUCUGUUCGGGAUGUCCCUCUCCUCGGCUCCGUCGCCCCUGAAGGAGACCCUGCGGCCCACCCCCUCCCUGAGUGCCGUCGCUUCCCUGGGAACGCCCACCAGCGGCCUCUCGCCUAAGCACUCCUUCAAGUCCAGUCCACAGCAGACCUCCUCCGUGAACUGGGUGGUCCCGCUGGCAGACAGGGGGCGCUACGACGACCUCUUCCUCAAAACAGACACAGACAUGGACGGCCUGGUCACCGGCACGGAGGUCAUAGAGAUCUUCAUGCUGUCCAGCCUGCCCCAGACCAUGCUGGCCCAGAUAUGGGGCCUGGCGGACACCAAGCAGAUGGGCAAGCUGAGCAGGGAGCAGUUCUCCCUGGCCAUGUACCUGAUCCAGCAGAAGGUCAGCCAGGGCACGGACCCCCCGCAGAGCCUCACCCCGGACAUGAUCCCCCCGUCGGAGCGGAGCGCGCCCGCCGGCCCCACCUACGCUGGUUUCAUGUCUGCUGUGGGACCUGAGCUUGCUGCCUUUGCUCAUCUGCGCAGAGACAGCAACAGUUCCAGCGGCUCAGCCGACCUGACGGGCAUCAAAGAACUGGACGACCUCAGCCAGGAAAUAGCUCAGCUGCAGAGGGACAAGUACGUCCUGGAGCUAGAGAUCAGAGAGAAGGAGGAAGCCAUCAGACAACAGAACACUGAGGUUCAGGAGAUGCAGGUGGACCUGGACCGGGAGAACGGCACCCUGCAGGACGCCGAGUCCCAGAAGCAGGACGCUAAGGAGAGGCUGGAGGAGACGGACCAGCAGCGCUCCAAGCUGGAGGGGAUGCUGAACGACGUGAAGGUCAAGUGCCAGGACGAGUCCCAGACGAUCGCGUCCCUGCAGAGCCAGAUCCGCUCCCAGGAGCUGGACCUGCGGAGCCAGGAGGACGAGAUGGGUCGCACCAAGGGGGAGCUGAGCCGGCUGCAGGAGGAGGAGGCCCUGCUGGGCCAGAACCUGCUGUCGGGGCGUGUCCAGCUGGACAGCAUCACCAAGUCCCUAAGGGCCACCCAGGACGAGCUCAACCAGGCCCGCAGCAAACUGACUCAGAUCCAGGACAGCCAGCUGGAGGUGACCAAGGGCAUCGAGCAGUACGACCGCGCGCUCACCAACGGCGGCAGCAUGACCAACCUGGCGGACGACGUCCUCCCGGAGAAGGAGAACGGGGCCUUCAGAGGGACGGCGGAUUCCUUCAAGUCUCGGAUAGCCAUGUUCAACAGCAGCAACGGGCCCCGGGACACCUCCAGUGACCCCUUCCAGACCGAAGACCCCUUCAAGGCCGACUCCUUUCAAGAUGCUUUCGGGGGCGAUCCGUUCAAAGCCACCGACCCCUUCAAAGGAACAUCCUCCGAAGACUUCUUCAAAAAGACGGACAAGUCGGACCUGUUUGCGUCGUCGGACCCGUUCGGGAGAAAACCCACCCCUCCGCUCAAGCCGCCCGCCUUCGGUGGUGCUGACCUGUUCAGGUCCAACAGCCCCAAGGCAAAAGAACCAGAUGCGUUCGGGAAAACGGACGCCUUCGGGAAUAACUCCUUUGGAAGCAAGGGCGGUUUCGCCGACUUUACUCAGAUGUCAAAGAAGCAGGACAACCCCGCCAUGCCCCCAAGAAAAAUGUGCCUAACCGCCCAGCACCUCCCUAUGGUAAGAACAGUGUGUGUGUGUGUGGUCCGCCUGAGUGUGAACACAUCAUUUGCUAAAUGGUGAAUGGACUGUAUUUACACAGCAACGUUGCAUACCUUUCUAUCACCACUCGACAGCGCUGUACAAUUAAUGCCUCUCACGUAUGUGUAUGGCCGCGCACGGACAAAGCAUGGCUGU